GAUUGAUAUGGAGAUAAAUCACACCAAGGAUUAACACUUAGGCUAUUUUUAAUAUAAUAUUUUUAUCUGAUUAAUUUAGUAAUGUCAUCAUAGAUAUUGGCGAUAACAUAGCAGCUACCUAUACUCGACAAAACAACACACAUCGAUCAAAAAGUAUAUAACCACUACAAAGCACACACUGGUCAUUAGCGCUCUGAAAAUGUGUGCGUACACAGUGUGGUUGUUCUUGUGUGUGUGUGCGCUUGCGUACGCACAGGAGGAGCUUAGAGUGAACACUACACAGGGUGUUGUGGUGGGGCAACGGGUGCAAGAUGGUGAUUAUUUGGCCUUCUUUGGCAUACAUUACGGUGGCGAUACGAGCGGCGAAAACAGAUUCAAGGCGCCUACCCCGCCACCUAUUUACUCUGGAGAUUUCUACGCCGUCAACAAUACAACACUGUGUGCCCAACCAAGCUCCAGUGGAAUCAUCGGCACUGAAGAUUGUCUGGUACUGAACAUCCAUACAAAAAAUCUCGCAACACCUAAACCAGUAAUUGUAUGGAUCGACGGAGAAGAAUAUGCAUCAACAGGCAAUUUUUAUCCCUUCAAAAAUCUAGUAGAGCAAGAUCUGGUGGUUGUUUCGAUGAACUACCGUUUAUCGAUCUUCGGAUUCCUCUGUCUUGGUGUAACUGAUGCCCCUGGUAACGCUGGUUUGAAAGACAUAAUCCAAGGUCUAAAAUGGAUUAAGGAAAACAUAGCUGGAUUCGGAGGAGACCCUAACAAUGUUGUUCUAUUUGGCCAUGGAUCCGGAGCUGCGCUGGUAGAUUUGAUAACCUUGUCACCCAUGUCUACGAAUUUAACACAUAAAGCCAUAGUUAUAAGUGGGUCAGGAUUGUCUCCCUGGGCCGUAUCAUACAACCCAGUAGGCAGUGCUCAACGAGUUGGAGAUAGAUUAGGACAUCCAGAUACUUCGAGGAAAGACUUGGCGAAGAAGCUCGCAUCUACUGACAUUAGAUUACUCUCACCAAUUCUUAGGGACUUCGAGUCUUACGAUACAUCGCUGCUAUUCGCCCCAUGUGUUGAAAAUGCUGAUUUGAAUCCUAGCGACACAUUCCUAGCAAACACUCCGAUUAGUAUUUUAAAGUCAGGAAACUACAAUAAGAUUCCUUACAUGACUGGCUUCGUGGAUAGGGAAGGAACAUUGCGCACACGCCAAGUUUUUAACGGCUGGCUUCAUAAGAUGAACAAAACAUUUACUGACUUUAUACCGGUUGAUCUCUCUUUCGAAACUGAUGAAAUAAAAGAAGCGGUAUCACGGAAUGUGAGCGCCUUUUACUUUGACCAAAAGCCGAUUUCUAUGAACACUAUCGAGGAGUACCUGAAUUAUCACGGAGACGUUUUAAUACUUGUCCCUGUUCUAAGAGGAGCUCACGAAAGAGCUCGGACUUCGGAAGAUGUGUGGCUAUUUAAGUUCACGUACAGGGGAACGCAGAACUCUGAUUGGGAGUAUCCUGAAAUUCCUUUGGAUGGAGCCAGACACGGAGCUAUUCUAAACUUUGUCUUCAAUUACGAUUUAAAGCCUGUCGAUUCUACAGCGACCGUAGCAUUAACGGAACGCUUCAGGGCAUUCGCAUACACCGGAAUCCCAAACAGACCAAGCGAUAAGGAAGUAUUAUGGGAGCAACAAACCCCUACUAGAAGGUCAGCACUUUUAAUAGGCGGUGGCGAACCCUCCACGAAUGUGCCUAUUUACGAAGAAGCAAGUACUAUAAACCUCAAUCAAGAAACCGCUGUCUUUUGGGACGACCUUUUCACCAAAUACUAUGUUCCACCGAGUCCAGUAUCAGCCGCCAAUAGUUUGCUCUCUUUCGGGCUAGUCGUUUUAAUCGCCCAGGUACUGCUAAAAUCGUUCUAUUAAUAUAUUUGAAUUUGUGUCUACAACUUAGCACAAAAGCAUUUAUUUAUUGUUGUAAGCCAUGUCAUACAAAAAGAGAACUAAAUAUAUUAUUGCAAAUUGUUAAAUUGAAUUUCAUUAAAUACGUGCACAAUAUUACUAGUUGGAUUAUAAGGCUUAAAUCCACGGUUAACGACCGUGUGUUGUGAGAGGUCUUGAGUUCGAUUCCUGCUUAUUAUUGUCGUGCCAAAUCCUAGCACGAGCUUUUCGCUUAGUUGGAAAAGGUGGAUUAGUCAUGUUUAACUACACGGCUAAAUUAUUACCCUUUUAUCAUUAAAAGUUAACCGGAAAUGUAAUUUGCGAGCGUUGGAAUGCGUUGUUAGAUAGACCUGUACAGCUGGCCUAUUCACUAUUUUUUCGGUCUUUAUUAUCAACCUAUCGAAGUGGACAAGUCAAUUGAGAAAGUGUCAUCUACAUGCUAUAUGAUAUCCACCAUAGGCACCGGAUGACAUUUGAAAUUUGUAUCAUAUUAAGUGGAUGAUAUUUUGUGUAUUGAUUUGUUUUUUAUUUUGAUGGGUUGAUAAUAAAGACCAAAAUAGGAAAUAGGCCAGCUGAUUGCUGUGUAGAGCCAUCAUAGUCUGGUUUUCGUAGAUUUAUAGUUAUCGCUGUACUUUUUGAUUUUGUUUGUAAAUUUUAACGAUAAAGAUUAUAUCAUUAUAUUUAUAUUAUUCUUGCAAAGCUCAUGUAUGUCAAUGCCGGCCUAUUGAUGAGUCGGUUAAUUUCACUAAAUGACAACUGUGUUUAUCCAUAUGUGGAGGUUUUAUAAGUUUGUUGUGAGUGUCUGUGAUAUUGUAGUUAAUUAACUUAUACUGUAUUGUAUACUAUAUAAUAUACUUAAACUGUAUAUUAUAUUGAUUAUGCUGAAGUAUUUUUAAGCUGACAUAGUCGAGAUGUAUCUUAGUUAAUAUUUAUGAUAAAAGAUCCAUUAAGCAAAUCCGAAUAUAUUGGAUUUUUUUGGAGUCUAAAUGUUUAACUUACUGGACUUGUUCUUUAAUCUAAGUUUGGACUAAGUUUUUCAAUUUAUUAAAUAAAGUUAUUAUCUUGGUUUUUAGUUUAUAAAUACAAAUGCACUCAUCCUCUCGUUCUUUAUUAGGAGCGCGACCUAUACCUAAUUAUAGACAUUUGCCUCUAAUAAUUGAUUUUGGUACUCUAUGUAUAUUAUAUUACUUAUUUAGUUAAUUAGUUAGCCAAUCUUAAUGUAUGUGUAAAAGCAAAAGAUCAUGAAAUAUCAAAAAUACUUGAAGUACAAAAUGCACUUUGUCAAGGAGAUAGUUUUAAUUAGGUAGACCCCCAGUAAGAAUGGAUUUUGUGUCAGGAUGUCUAAAUACUCUUGCAAGUUUAAGGAAAUAAGGUAGAAAAACGAUUUUUGCUAAAGCUUUAAUAUUUUCUUAUUUCUUUAUACUUUUUUUUAUUAAAUAACAAAGAAGCAAUAAGCCGGAAACCCGAAAUUUUUUAUUUAAAUAUUCUAUUUCCGACAAAUAAAAGAUAUUUCUGUAGGAUUUAUUGAAUUAUUAUCUUAAAAUAAAAUCAAAGAAUGAAUUUAUUGCAUUUCUUAGCUUACUCCUUAGCUGGAAAGAAAGAAUUAUAAUCCUACCCGCGGACCCGGUCAAGCAUCGCUUUUAUACCCCUAUCCUAUUCUACUACAAUCAUACACCUACCCUACUCCCACCCUACACCUACUCUAUCCCUACCCUACCCCUAAGGUUAAGGGUUUGAAAAAUAGAUACGAGUCUCUAACUUACUGGGUAUGCUUUUAAAAUUUCAUAAGAAUCGGUCAAGCCGUUUCAAAGGAGUAUGGGAACAAACGCGACAUGAGAAUUUUAUAUUAUAUUAGAUAUACGAUUUUGUGCGUGCAUCUACCGAUGUCAGACCUACAUAUAGAAUGAUGCUCAAACUAAAGAAUUGCAAUUAAUUAUGAAAUUUUUACUUAUAUUCAAAUCGAUAUUUAGGUACCUAAUGUAUUGAAAAAACAAGAACAACCCUACGAUAAUAUCGUAAAGAAAACAGAAGUGCAUUACGUUAUUUGAGUCACCAUGAA